AAGCAGGAGCAGGACAGAGACGCCACCUAUGAGGGCAGCGGGAGGUGCGGCGAGGAGAAGACAAGCCAGCCGGAAAAUUCCGGAGAAUUGCAGCCAUAUUGGAUGGUGUCUGAAAGCACCGAGCCAAACGUUCCCCGCUGUUCCGAGCUGGGAGGUGUUUCUGGGGGCCGGAAGGGAAGCAGCUCUCCGGACCGGGCCGAGGAUGCUCCCGUGCGUUGCCAGCAGGGCUACGUGCCGCUCGACGGACGACUCACCCAGCCAAGGAUCGCCAAGAGCGGGAGGGAGAAGACGUGCGCCGAAUGCGGGAAAACCUUUCGGUGGAGAGCUGAGCUGGUGGCCCACGAGCGGGCGCACACCGGGGAGAAGCCGUACGAAUGCCUGGACUGCGGCCGGAGCUUCAGCUACAAAUCCCGCUUGAUCGCCCAUAAGAAAAUGCACACGGGCGAGAAGCCGUACAAGUGCGCGGACUGCGGGAAAAGCUUCAGUCGGCAGCCCCACCUGAUCGCGCACGAGAGGGUCCACACGGGAGAGAAGCCCUACGCUUGCUCCGAGUGCGGGAGGAGCUUCAGCGACCGUUCGAAUCUGAACACCCACAAGCGGACCCACACCGGGGAGAAACCCUACCGGUGCGCGCACUGCGGGAAAAGCUUCAGCCAGAGCUCGACCUGCAUGAAACACGAGAGAAUCCACACGGGCGAGAAGCCGUACAAGUGCGCCGUGUGCAGCAAGAGCUUCUGCCAGCGGUCGCAGCUGAUCAACCACGAGAGGAUCCACACGGGCGAGAAGCCGUACAAGUGCGCCGUCUGCGGGAAAGAGUUUAGCCGGAGGACGGACCUCGUCACUCACCAGAGAAGACACACGGGCGAGAAGCCGUAUAAAUGCGUGGAGUGCGGGCGGAGCUUCAGUGCGGGAUCAAGCCUCAAUGAACACAAGAGAUCCCACACCGGGGAGAAAGCGCAUCGGUGUUCGCGCUGCGGCAGACGUUUUGCUCACCUUUCGGACUGUGUGAAGCACGAAAGAAACCACGCGAAAAAUGGCGUCUCGUUUUCCUUGGGAACCUCCUCAGAGCGAAGUUUUUUGGCAAGAUUUCCAAGAAGAGCCCGCAGGAACACUAGCAUAGGUUGUGCUCUGCCCUGGGCGAGAAUGAAAAUGGAGAAAAGAGAUGAUUUUGCUCCAGGUGUCGAAUUGAAGCCUGUACCCAAAGGAAUGAAAACAGAAGAAGAGGAUCCGGCCAGUUACGAACCAGGGAAAGGAGCAGGAAACGGUGCUGACCUCAUCUGGGCUGAGAGCACCAGAGGAUUCUGGGAAAGAGCGGUAUUGCCCCAAGUUAAGCUGGAACCCAGCGAAGGGCUGCAGCAACGUUGGGAAACCCAGUGGCAGGGGUUCUUGAAGAAGCUGGAGCCCACCCACGCAGGACAGAGUGCGCCGCAAACAGUGCAGGCCGUGCCCUUUGAGAGUAGCAAGGAUUUCCUGCCCUGCUCUGAGACAGUUGCAGACCCCAGCCAGCCGCCUCUGGAGAAGUUCCAAUUACAAGCCUGCCCAGGAGUCAGCAAUCUCUUGACCAAAGACGAGGCAGAUGGUGGGGGAGUGAAGGAAGAGACCCUGGGGGAGGAGGAGGAAGAGAAGGCUGUUGCUACGGAUGUGCAGUGCCAGCGCUUCAGGGAAUACCGCUACCCGUUUGCCAAGGGGCCCCAAGAGGCUUGCAGCCGACUCCGGGAACUUUGCCUUCGGUGGCUGAAGCCGGAGAAGCGAACGAAGGAGCAGAUCCUGGAGCUGGUGGUCCUGGAGCAGUUCCUGGCUGUCCUGCCCUCGGAGAUGCAGAACUGGGUCAGGGAAGGCAGCCCGGAGACCUGUUCCCAGGCAGUGGCCCUGGCACAGGACUUCCUUCUGAGGCAGCGAGAGAGCGAGAGCCAGGAAUUGCAGGUUCCCAGGGCGUUGACGGAGGAAGCGCUUAGUUUAGCAGAGGCGAAGGGGUCUCCGCUAGACGGCUGGCAGAGGUUGAUCAUCCAGGAGGUCAAACAGGAGGCCGAUGGAGAUGCCACCUCGGUAGCAGGCAGCGAUACGAAAUCAUGCAAAGUGGGUCAGAAUCUAGAGUCUAGAGAACAUGAACCGUUUGGAAUGUCGCCCAGAAGAGCCAAACAGGAUGUUUCCUGCUGCCCGAAUCAAAGAGAAGCUUCUGCGAGCCAGCAGGGCAACAUCACAGAGAAUGAAAGCGGGAAAUUCAUUAACGGUCAGGGCCAAUACGAGGAAGUCGAGAAGCCCAAAGUCCUCAACGGCUGGCAAGAAAACCAGGGCAUCGAGUGCGGCAAAGUCUUCGUGAAAAGACCCAGCGUGAAAAAGAAACAGUGUAAGUGCCCGGAUUGCGGGCAAAGCUUUAACAACCGCUCGGUCCUCAUUAACCACCAGAAAAUCCACACGGGCGAGAAGACCUACGCCUGCCCUGACUGUGGGAAGAGCUUCAGCGACCACUCGCACCUUAUUAGACACCAGAGAAUCCACACGGGCGAGAAGCCCUACGCCUGCCCCGACUGCGGGAAGAGCUUCUGCCAGCAGUCGCAACUCGUGAGACAUGAGCGGAUCCACACAGGGGAGAAGCCCUACGAGUGCCCGGAUUGCGGGAAAAGCUUCAACCGGACCUCGCACCUAGUCCUGCACAGGAGGACGCACACAGGGGAGAAGCCGUACACCUGCGCGGACUGCGGGAAGAGCUUCUGCAGGAGCAACAUCCUGGCCAUCCACCAGAGGACCCACACGGGCGAGAAGCCCUACGCCUGCCCCGAUUGCGGGAAGAGCUUCCGCCAGCAGUCACAGCUCGUGAGCCACGAGAAGACCCACACGGGGGAGAAGCCCUACACUUGCCCGGACUGCGGAAAAAGCUUCAACCGCACCUCGCACCUGGUCUUGCACAGAAGGACGCACACGGGGGAGAAGCCGUACACCUGCGCGGACUGCGGGAAGAGCUUCUGCAGGAACAACGUCCUGGCCAUCCACCAGAGGACCCACACGGGCGAGAAGCCCUAUGCCUGCCCCGACUGCGGGAAGAGCUUCAGCGACCGCUCGCACCUCAUUAGACACCAGAGAAUCCACACGGGCGAGAAGCCCUACGCCUGCCCCGACUGCGGGAAGAGCUUCAGCGACACGUCGAGUUUCAUCGUGCACAAGAGGACCCAUACGGGGGAGAAGCCCUUCGAGUGCCCCGACUGCGGGAAGAGCUUCAACGGCACCUCGGCGCUCGUCCGGCACAAGAGGAUCCACGCGGUCAAGAGGCCCUACGCGUGCCCCGACUGCGGGAAGAGCUUUAACAACCUCUCCAAUUACAAUAAGCAUCAGACGCUCCACGGUGAAGCCAUUUGCUAGAAAUUUUUUUUUAAAGGAAUAGGAAAGGAAAGGAACCUCUCGUGAAAGCACUGAGUCAUUACUGACUCUUGGAGGGACACCAGCUUUCGCUGACGUUUUCUU